UUUGGAAUUUUUUGAAUAUUUAGUUGCUUCAGAUUUUAGUACCUUCCCAGGUAUGGCUGUCCCCCUGGGGCGCACGAAAGACAGGAGAGAGGGGCGCAGAGGUACUGCCCCCACCCCCACAGGCAUCUUUUAUAAAAAGAAGCAAAGAAAGACCUAGGAAAGACCCUUGGCUUUAUGUUGUGUUCCUGCCGGUGGGCCAGGCCCUAACUGCACUAUCUCAUUUAAUCCUUCAUUCCCCAGGGCAGGUAGAUACUCCUGGCUCCAUUCUAGAGAGAGAAACUGAGACCCUGAAAAGUCUGAUAAUUUGCUCAAGGUUUACAAUAGGGAAAUGGAAUAUAAACCUAGGGCUCUUAGAUUCUGAAACCUUCCUCACAGUGCUGUGCUCAAAUCCUUUCUGUUCUGUUCCCAUUGUCCUCCCUCCCCUUGGAAUGUCAGCCUGAGAGACACCCCUGUUUCUCUGACUUCUCUUCCCCAGUGACCAAAACCUGCCUAUUGGGUGUCGUCUGGUUUUGGAUUCCUGACGAAGGAGGCAGUCCAUUUUCAGCCUCUCCUUCCUCUGGGGAAGAAUGUGUUCUCCAGUCCUGGCAUAUUCUGAAAGAGAAGCUGUUUGUCAGAGAGGCAUUCUCCUCAGAAUUGGGUUUCCUCUGGCCUUCAACCUCCACUUUUUUCUUCUUACCCCUAGGGGAGGACUUAACUCAGUGGAAGGUGCUGGGCCCCCUGGGUGUUUCAGGCCUGCCCCAAAGGGCAAAGCCCAUCCUUUAGCUCCACCUGCUAGAGACACACCUUCAGGGGGGCAGGUGAUGGGCAUGGGAAUGGGCUAGGUGUUCCUCUUGGGAGUGACUCUCCUUGGACCACAUCCUCCCAGGCUCUGUCUCAUUUCCUGAGCUCAGGGAACUCCCUCUCCAGACUCGAUUCUUGCCCAAGCUGAGGAACAGGAGUGUGCUGUCAGAACAAUUUUACUAGGGGCUGAGUUGGCUUCUUGCGUCAUCUUCUUUUGAUUGUGACACAGGCGUCAGAGAUCUCUCAGCGCAAAAGACACAGGGCUGUUCCCUGGCGGUUCCAGGCCAAGCUCUACACCAGGUUUUUGUGAGACCCAACCAAAUCUUUCCCUUCCUGAGGGCACUGAAGAGGCCUGAGAGCUUGGGGGACCCUGCUUAGUGUGUGUGUGUUGGGGGGGCAUCCAGCUUCAUGGUUAUGUGCUGGAGGGCUCGAGUUAGACAGUCUGUGUUUAUAGGCCAGGUGCCUGACCUCGCACAGUCUCCAUUUCCACAUCUAUGAAAUGGAAAUGAAAGACAACAGUUUUCUGACAGGUUGUUGUAGAAAUAUGAUGAGUUUAGAAAUAAGAGCCCUUGUCCACAGUUACCACUCAGUGAACAUUAAACUGUUAUUUGUUGGUUGGGGCCCAGUGUGUGGGUGGAGCUCCAUAAUAGCCAAAGCAUGGGGUCUAAAAUAGUGGCCAAUUCCCAAGUUUUUAAUACGUGUAAAUGUCUCCAGCAUGACUCUCUCACCAUGGUCUUCCAAUCCAGGUUCCGUGAUCAGCCUGUAUUGCUCCUCCCAACAAGUCCUGUGCCAGAUCGUCGGGGGCCUCAGCCCUGAGGUGCCAGGCAAUGUCACCUCUAGCAGCUGGCAGGAAAGGUUCAGGCAGAACUACAGCUUCUAUGUCGGCCUAGGCCUGGCCUUCUUGUCAAGCCUCCUCAUCGGCAGCAGUGUCAUCCUCAAGAAGAAAGGCCUUCUGCGACUGGUGGCCUCAGGGGCCACACGGGCUGUAGAGGGAGGAUAUGGCUACCUGAAGGAUGCAAUGUGGUGGGCUGGAUUUCUCACCAUGGCUGCUGGAGAAGUUGCCAACUUCGGGGCCUACGCGUUUGCUCCUGCGACAGUCGUCACACCCCUGGGAGCACUGAGCAUCCUCAUCAGUGCCAUCCUCUCCUCGUACUUCCUGGGAGAGACUCUGAAUCUGCUGGGAAAGCUGGGCUGUAUCAUCUGUGUGGCCGGCAGCACCGUGAUGGUGAUACAUGCCCCCGAGGAAGAGAAGGUCACCACUGUCACUGCGAUGGCUGCCAAGAUGAAAGACACAGGGUACAUCGUGUUUUCUGUGCUUCUGCUGGUGCUCUGCCUCAUCCUCAUCUUCAUCAUUGCCCCACGUUAUGGACAGAGGAAUAUCCUCGUUUACAUCACCAUCUGCUCAGUGAUUGGGUCCUUCUCUGUGUCUGCUGUCAAGGGUAUGGGCAUCACCAUUAAGAACUUCUUCCAGGGGAUGCCCGUUGUGAGGCACCCCCUCCCCUACAUCCUGUCCCUCAUCCUGGCACUUUCACUCAGCACCCAGGUCAACUUCCUCAACAGGGCACUGGACAUUUUUAACACCUCCCUGGUGUUCCCCAUCUACUACGUGUUCUUCACCACCACGGUGGUUACUUCCUCCGUCAUCCUCUUCAAGGAGUGGUACAGCAUGUCUGCCGUGGACAUUAUGGGCACCCUUUCUGGCUUUGUCACUGUCAUCCUGGGUGUGUUCAUGCUUCAUGCUUUCAAAGACCUGGACAUCAGCUGGACCAGCCUGCCCCACAUGCACAAAAACCCAGCCCCAUCUCCCACCCCCGAGCCCACUGUCAUUCGACUAGAAGACAAAAAUGUCCUUGUGGACAACAUAGAACUCUCCAGCACCCCAUCACCAGAAGAGAAGCCCAGAGUAUUUAUAAUCCAUUCUUAAAGCUUGGACUACCUAAGUGAGAAGAUGAGUUCUGUGGUACAGCCUGACUCUUCAAUUUCAGUCACUUAUCAUUUCAGCACAACUGUUACCAGGGGGCUCUCUUUUCUCAAGACGUUCACUUAUACCUCAUCCGUGUUUCCAGGAGAAAGAUUGCUACCCAGAGAGCGGUGGUGGCAGAACUUCCUGGAAACACAGCCUCAUUGACCAAAUACCCUACUUCACCUUGGUGCCAGCAGGUCCCCUGGGCCUCCUUCCCACUUAUUUGCUCUGUGCCCUCUCCGUGUGGUUGGGAAGAGAACAGAAUUUGACUUGUUGAAUGUAGCACAGGCCAAGAACUUCCCUGAGAUGUUGGUCACCAGGAAAUCCUUAGCACUAGUUCUUUCAGAGACUGAAUGGCAGUUCUUAGCCAGAGGGGCCCUGCAGCUGGCCCCCAGAGACCCAGAGAGCAAUCCGCCUUGCGUCCUCAGCCAGAGCUGACUGCGGCAACUGACGUAAAAUGCCCUGCUGCCUUUGUCGCUGGCCCUCCAGAGACAAAGCGAGACCUCCGCUGACCAUCCCCGGAGAGCCACCUGAUGUCUCAGGGAAACGUUUCCGCUGGCCCCAUUCCCGGAGCACUGUGGCCCGGAGGGCAGCAUCUUUGUCUCCACCUACUGCACCCCCGUGCCCACCCCUUCCUGCUAUAAUCCUGAGGGGUCCAUCACGGAGGCACUCAGGCACCUGUCUUAGAAUGCCAAACAGAACCAACAGCGACAGCACAAGGUGCUUCACAGCCAAGCUCGGCUGGCCAGAAGCAGAGUCAUUUUGCCUCACUCUUAGAAGAGAACAGCAGUUGUUUUGCUCUUAAAAGCAGCCUGGCUGUUGAGCUAGAAUUUGGCAAAAUGCACUUUUCCUCAAGGAGUAAACCAAUAUUUGAUUUGGGGAGAGUGAGGAGCAAAGCCAGGAUCUGGCGGAAGCAGCCACAGGCUCUCUGGGAACCAGGGGCUACCUUUUGGGUUUACUCUGGUGCUCAACCAAAGAUUCAGGCAAAAGCGGCUCUGGGUAGUUUCUGGGCUACAGCCACAGAGGCUUGGCCAGUGGGAUCAGCUUUGAACUUCAGUAACCAAGUGGGGUGCAGGCUUAGCCCAAGGUGCAUUUGGCUGUUGAUCAGAUUGCCAUCAAGUCUCCACCUCCUCUGAUGAGCUGUCCAGCUUGGGCAGCAGUGUGUCAUGGCACCACCUGCUUUGGGGACUGCCUUUGGUCCCCUCACAUUUGGCCAGAGGCAUUCAAAACACAAGAGCAGCUGGAGAGAGAGAUAACUGAUAUCCCUUCUCUUCCUGUCUUUCUGGCUCCAAGAGUGUGAGUUGGUACAAGGAUCAUUUAAAGGGAAGCGAGAGAGUCAGUAUUUCUAUAAAGAGGGAAGGCUUGAUCCUCAGCGUCCAAGUUGGUACAGAGCCUCCCCUGUAUAACUCCAUACUUACGCUCUGUGUUUAUAUCCCAUGCUCCACUCAUGUUGGUCUUGUAUCUCCAAAGGCCAACUGAUGAACAGACUGGCUUCCUGCACCUCCAGCCCUCCAGUGUUUAAUGAAUGUGGGUGUCUGUCUAUAACCCAAAUCAGUGCAACACAUUGGAUCUUGAGAACGGCAGUAAUCUGAGGCCCCUGAGAGUGCUAUCUGCAGGGUCAAGAAUAAAGAGCUAUGAGUAUGUUUACUUGA